GAUCCUUGCAAUACCUUAUGCUAACCAGACCUGACAUCUCGUUCGCCGUCAACAAAAUUUGCCAACACAUGCAAUGCCCGUCCAAUGCUCACUUCGAAGCCCUCAAGCGACUUCUUCGCUAUAUACAAGAUGCCGACUGGGCGGGUGACUCCACCAAUCGAAAAUCCAUUUCCGGCUACUGCAACUAUAUUGGGUCCUCUCUUGUUUCAUGGAGUGUCAAAAAGCAAACAGCCGUAGCAAGAUCCUCAACCGAAGCGGAAUAUCGAGCCCUCGCCGCCGCAACAGCAGAAGUAAUAUGGCAUCGCCGCCUACUUCAAGAAUUAAAUUGCUCUCAGUCAGACUCAACACCUGUUUUUUGUGAAAACACCUCUGCCAUUGCCUUGGCAAACAACCCG